UUCCCAGGUUUUACAAAAUUUAAAGUUUUUUCUCUGGGCGGAACUUCGGACACGUGAACCCCUAAAUCAAAAGCAACUCAUCUUCUCAACAUUGGAUCUUUGACAAAAGAAAGUCCGAUCUUGGAAUAGAAAACGGUUGCAAAUUCGUCAUAAUCUAGUAAACUAUAACAGAAAUUCGCCAUUUUCCUUUCCAUUUGCGUUAUUCACUAUCUCACAUCUUCUUAUUCCCAUUUCCAGAUGGCGAUGCUUCGAAGAGCGGCCUCAACUCUCAAUCGGCUCAUUACUUUGAAAGCUGCAUCCAGCCAUUACAGUUCGUAUGCUUCACCAACUGUUGCCACUUGCAGAAUAACGAAAUCGCAGUUGGUUCCUGUGAGUUUUCGAUUUUAUUCGAGUGAGAUUGAUCUUUCUGAUGUGGAGAGUAGAAGGCAUACGAUGAACAGGUUGCUGUAUCGAGCAAAGCAACGCGGGUUCUUGGAGUUGGAUUUGGUCUUAGGAAAAUGGGUUGAAGAUAAUAUUCAAUCCAUGGAUGAAAGUGGAAUCAAAUCUCUCAUUGAAGUUCUUGACCUGGAAAACCCAGAUCUGUGGAACUGGCUGAGUGGACAAGAACAACCACCUGAGUCAGUCAGUGUGAAUCCUGUCUUUACUGCUGUUCGUGAGAAGGUUGCAAGCAGUCUAAACAGCCAUGCUGCUCCUGAGACACGAGCAACACCAGGGAACCCAUGGGUUAGAGGAUGGGAUGACAUUAAGAGAGGCAAAGAUACUCCUAUCUCUGGAAAUCAGUAGUUAUACUUAUAGGCGAUGAAAUUGUAAGCUGCCUUAAAUAAGCGUACAAUAUAUUUCACCACACUGAAAAAUAAGGAUGUAUGUAAUAAUUGUCUGAUAGAUGAUGGUAUAAUAACUAGUCAAUUUGUAUGUAACAUAUCUACACAGUAGCUACGCUGUGGCCUGUGGGGGGUAUUUUGAUAUUCCGUUAAUAUGAAACUAGUUGUACGUACACAAAGUCUCUUUGAAAAAAGAAAAUUGGAAUGGUUGAUAUU